GCCGACGCCGAUAGCCGUGUAUCGCAAGCCCAGGGAGCCUCCGUGUCCAUCACACAGGCCGCCAUCGCCGUGGUGGCAUCCGUUUUGGGCUCGGCUCUCAUAACGCUUCUGGCGCUCUGGCUUCUCAUGCGGUACCGGCGCAAGAAGAAGUUGGAGAAGCUAGCCGAGGAGGAGGAAAAGGAGCAGAUAGCGCUGGCUGCGGAGAAGCAGCGCCUGGCGGCCGAGGAGGCCAGGAGACGCGGGCUGGAGCGCGGGGCGGCGGCCAUGCUGAUGCACUCCCGGCAACGGAACAGCGGGUCGUUCCAGUCGCGGAACAGGCCGGGGAGUGCCGGCGUAGGUGGGGCGAACCGCAACUCUGUUGGGUCGCGCAGGAGCAGCGUGGUUGGGCAGCGUGGCCAGGGGCCCGGAAGUGGCCUCGGCGCCCCCGCGAAUAGGCCCCAGUCCGGGUCGACCAUGGCCAGCAGCAGCAGUCACACGUACGUGAGCGACCAUCCGAUCAGCUAUCCCAGGGGGGUUGCAAUGCCCGGGCCGCCGGGUGCUCGGAACAGAGACUCGCUCAACAGCGAACACGGCAUGGUUGGCUAUGCGAUGAGCACGACAAGUGAUCACACGUCGUCGAGGCCCGUCACGGCUGAAAUGCCGGCCGCGUCGGGCACCGGACGUUUCAAUCUUGCCUUGGGGUCGCACCCCGUGGGCGGUACGCCAUCGUCGAACACGGAUCUGAACCGGUCGUUGUCCCAUAGUUCAGGCCCAGUCUCGGACAGGAGUCGCCCUACUUCCAGGGCGCCAUUCUUCCAGCAGCGACUUGGGAGGUUGGAAGAGGAGCAAGACCUGCCCAGAACCAGCCUGGACCGACAGCGCACCAGUCUGGACCGACAACGAGCCAGCCCGACCAUGUUGCGGGGAGCUGGGGAUGAAACGGCGGCGACGGGGUCGGGAAGGGUGGCGGAUACUUCCAGCAGCGAAACUGCGGUGGAUGUGGGGGCAGAAAGGAACAGAGGAGAUGAGGAUGAGGCGGACCAAGCAGGACAAGAGCGACGGGUUGAUGCACAAGGGUAG